AUGACCGCUGUGCCGUCUCUCGACGUGUGGAGCGUAGGCAUGACGAUCUGCGAGUUGGUAACUUUGGACGUCACCUUGAAGCCAACGUACACGAGUUUCUUACAGAAUGGCCGGUCGCACCGGCACGCGGGUUUUCUCUUCAUGGAUUGGUUGAGCGGCAUCAGGAAUGCGCCGCUUCCGAAGAGCAUGAAGGAGUUCGACCAGGAUUGCCUUGACUUGCUUACCAGUUGGCUGCUGGUUCCCGACUGCACCAAGAGGAAGACACUCGCACAGUGUUUGGUCAGUCCCUUCAUCAUGGCCGCCGGCUCGGCGUGCACCGCUGGUUCCCCCGUGAGUUCUCCGUUGAGCAGUGCAAGCGUUGUGAGCGCACCGUCGCCCAGCGGAGGACAGGACACCACGUUCACUGGCGGCGACGCCGCCGCCAUUGUUGCCAGGUCCGAGCGCAUCGCGCUCGAUGUACCAAGUAGGGCGCAGCGCAAGGAGGUACGCGACCAUACCGCCCUGUACAAGGGCAUACUUUGGAAGCUGAAUCGAGGUGGCGACCCCGCCAAGAGCGAGCACUGGCUCAAGCGAGACAUGUGGCUGACCAGCAGUGGGAGCCUGUGCUACCACAGUCUGAAGGAGGACAAGCGCCUGAUCCUGAUCGACGGUGACCAGCUCGCAAGCGGGGAGCUGGCGCUGUUCAGCGGAGGGGCCAUCCAGCCCGCGAUCGAGAUCAAGGUGUCGGCGGACACGGAUGAUCGCGAGCACCAGGCUACUAUCUUGGGGUGCGAGUCGCACCAGGAUUACGCGGCCUGGACCCGCGCCCUCGAAUCAGCGCGCCUGCUCGCGAUGCAGACCUUCCACCUGGGCCCGAGCCUAGCCGUACAGCUCAAGGCGUUCCGCCUGGCAGUGAAGAACAGGCGCCUCAAGGUCAGCGAAGGGGCGCGCGACGAGUGCACGCCGGUCUUCAAGUCGAAGCUCUGGAAGCUCAAGGCCGACACGGACCGGGGACGGGGCGAAAAUUGGUUCGAGCGCGAGAUGUGGAUAUCGCAGAAUGGCAGCCUCGUGUAUUUCAGCGUGAAGGAGGAGCGGGAGCUCAUCUACUACACCCCGAGUGACUUAGCCUCCGCGUCUUUCGUGGAGCUCGGCGACGGGGGUUCGUGCAAGCGCUGGGGGUUUCACGUGGCCCUCCCAGCCAAAGACGGCGUCGAGUUCACCCCGUCCGAGUUCGCGGCGGAGUCGAGGGAAUUGAGGGCCCAGUGGAUCGAGCAGCUCCGAGGCCUGUAG